AUGUCCAACGAAAAUUCCCAUGGCUUUUCUGGCGACGAGCGAUAUGGCCGUUCACUCAGCCAAGGUUCCAUUGAGUCCAACCUAGCUUCUUGGUUGUCAGGCCGGUUUUCGCCUUCUACCUCCGCCAAUUACUUCAACAGUCACGACUUUCGUGGUGAAAUCGAUGACGAUGAGAAUGAUGCAGAACACGCGCUUCAGAGGCUACAUAGAACUCCUUCGGUGUCUAUGCGUCUUCGACGCGCUGGCGGAGUUAACAGUAUAGACAAUUUUGCCCGCUCGUGGCAGCGUGCAGCUGGCUUUCUUGAGGUUGUCCCCCGGAGACCUUCUUUUACAUUUGAGAGCGAAGGCGCUGCCAUCGAUGACCUUCGCCGAGACUCGCUUCCCAAGUCUACACAGCCGCUCCUCGCAGGCCACUUCGACCGCUCCAGGGCUUCCUCCGAAGCCAUUGAUGAAGGCCUUAGCAACCAAGAUGCUGGCGCCUUCAGAAGGGAUCUCCCAGAGUCUGCAUUACUGAGCGCAUACGACGCAUCUUCAUAUGGCAGGAGUUUUGGAACAUCGUAUGGUACAAUAUCCUCACGGCGCACCCUUCAGCUUUACCACGAACACCAGGCCAUUGGCGCAGAGCCACAACCGGGAACCGAAACCUUACUUGUUAAGCAAGUGCAGCAUGAAGAUGGGACAAAAGAAAAUAUAAUUGUGGGGCAAAGUACUGUGCCUCAGACAAUUUUCAAUUCCGUCAACGUGUUGAUCGGGGUUGGCUUGCUUAGUCUUCCCCUCGGAAUCAAAUAUGCUGGGUGGUUGGUUGGGCUUUUGUUCUUGUGCUUCUCAGCAGGAGCUACAGCUUACACUGCAAAAAUUCUAGCAAAAUGCUUGGAUAUCGACCAUAGCCUGGUUACUUACGGAGACUUGGCGUAUGUCAGCUUCGGGCACCAGGCCCGCCUCAUCACGAGUCUCUUGUUCUGUUUGGAGCUUUUAGGAGCUUGUGUUGCUCUUGUAGUGCUAUUCGGAGACAGUCUCAAUGCUCUUAUUCCUGGAUUUGGUCUACUUCAAUGGAAAAUCAUAUGUGGUGUAAUUCUGAUACCACUAAGCUUCGUUCCACUCCGUUUUCUGAGCGUUACAAGCAUUCUCGGUAUACUUUCAUGCACAGCCAUCGUCACCAUUGUUUUCAUUGACGGUCUCAUCAAACCAGACCCGCCGGGAUCUCUUAUUCAACCUGCGAAGACGUAUAUCUUCCCAGAGGAUUGGUACACUGUACCCUUGAGCUUCGGACUCAUCAUGUCUCCUUGGGGUGGACAUGGUGUUUUCCCAAACAUCUACCGUGACAUGCGACACCCUCGCAGGUAUAACGAGAGUCUUUGGGCGACAUACAUCUUCACUUUCUCACUUGAUUUCUUCAUGGCUGUGAUUGGGCUAUUGAUGUUUGGAGACGAUGUUUCCGACGAGAUCACAGCAAAUAUCCUUCUUACUACUAGUUACCCUCAAGCCCUCUCGAUUUGCAUCAUAAUAUUUAUCGCCAUAAUUCCAAUCACCAAGGUACCACUAAAUUCUCGACCGCUCGUCGCGACCCUUGAAGUACUUUGCGGUCUCGGCUCUGCUAACCCUCGUCACCACCAAAAUGAAAGCCAAGCGUCGAGAACGGUCACCAUUGCGAAGGUACUUAUUCGCCUUUUAGUGAUCGUUCUUAUUGUUUUCAUCUCGAUCGUCUUCCCGUCUUUUGAUCGCAUUAUGGCUCUCAUGGGUUCAUGCUUAUGUUUCACAAUAUGCAUUAUCUUGCCGCUUACAUUCUACCUAAAAAUUUUUGGAAAGGAAAUUCCGCUCAGCGAGAGGAUCUUGGAUUGGUUUCUUUUAACCAUAUCAUCAGUCAUGGCCUGCAUUGGAACUGUCUGGGCAUUCUUGCCGCAAAAGAGUUCUCCGGGUUUAUAA